AUGCUGCUGCCGCGGGCUGCUGGGGCGGUGCGGGGCCGGGCGGGACGGUCCCCGCCGGCGCUGGCCGCCCUCUCGCAGGUGCUGCGGCUGGAGCGGAACCGCCGCAGCGACGUGGUGUUCCCGCUGCAGAAGCUGACGCGGUACCUGGCUCCCGGCGUCGACGCGGCGCGGUUCCGCCUCUUCCAGCCCGGCCUGGCCGCUCUGCAGCGCGCCGAGGCGCUCUUCAGGGCCGGCCGCGGCCACGCCAUCGACUAUGUCAGCUCCGCCGUCCGCAUGGACCAUGCCCCGCCGCCCGCCCUGCCCGAGGUGUGCUUCGUCGGCCGAAGCAACGUGGGGAAAUCGUCUUUAAUCCGGGCCUUGUUUUCACUCUCUCCAGAAGUGGAGGUCAGAGUGUCAAAAACGCCGGGCCACACAAAGAAGAUGAAUUUCUUCAAAGUAGGGAAGUACUUUACUCUGGUGGAUAUGCCAGGAUACGGAUACCGUGCCCCCAAAGACUUUGUGGAGAUGGUGGAGGCCUAUCUGCAGGAACGGAGCAACUUGAAGAGGACUUUUCUGUUAGUUGAUGGUGUAGUGGGACUCCAGAAAACAGAUCAUAUUGCAGUAGAGAUGCUGGAAGAGUUUGGGAUUCCUUAUGUGAUGGUGUUAACAAAAAUUGACCGAGCUUCCAGGGGACUGUUGUUAAAGAACGUACUGGAGAUCCAGGAGUUUGUAAAGGAGAAAACUCAGGGAUGCUUUCCUCAGCUAUUCCUGGUCAGUUCUCUGGAGUUUUCGGGGGUUCACUUGCUAAGGUGUUUUGUAGCCCAUGUUACUGGAAACCUGCCUACUGUAGAGGGCAACUGAAAAGACUGGCUUCUGAUCUGCUCAGCUCAUCCAGAACAAAAGGUGCAGCGUGAUGGCACGCCUCGCUUGCAUACAUCGAGUUGUCCCUGUUCCAGGGGGAUGAAGGAAAGGACACAUCUUUAAUGGGAUCUGUUGGCUUGAAACAGAGUGGAAUAGCUGAAUGACACCUAGGGGAACUCUCUCCUUCUGUGCUUUAUCAUCUGUCGGUGCUGCAUCUACCUUCUGUUUUAAAUCCAGCGUGAAGUUCUGCAGCUGCACUCGCAUGAAUUGCCAGAGAUGAGACACUGUCCAUUCUCUGCAGCCGUUUUACGCUGGCGGCUGAAGCACAGUACUGAUGUCCCAUGCUCUUUAGUGGCACUGUAACCGCUGGCAGAAUUGUGUCCCACAGCAGCUAAAAGCACCUGAAGUUGGCUUGUUACAAGGCACAGAAUUGGGGGGGAAAAGGACUAUCAUCAAUAGCAGUGGUUGUUACAAGAGAAUUUAGACCAAACCUAUUAAGUGCCUGUGUCAAACUGUGGCACUCAGUUUGUCAUGUCUUAACAUUGCCAAAUGUGUGUACGCAGUUGUCAAAGUUACUUACAUUAAGUGUUUAAACCACAAGAAAGGGCAGGUGUUUUGUGAACCACUCUGAGGUAUUUCUAGUGUUUUGUUUCAUUAUGAAAUUUCUUGUAACUCUAAGAUUAAGAUUAAACAUGAGGUGAGGUCUAUUUUUAGCAUAUGUGUAAGAAGUGGGGGGUGUGGGGAAUGCAGUAGGAAGAUGUGGAUCUCUAGUUUCCACAUCUUAAGAGAGAUCAAACCUUUAAUUCUUUAAUAUUUCACCUCUAAUCCAAAAGUGCUCCAGAGUGAACAGCCCACAGGAGGCUUGAUCCUAGGGGGAAGUGCAGCAGUAUCUAGACAGAUGGAACAGAUGCAAGUGAACA